AUGAAACUACCUAAUCCUUGCUUUGCAAUUUUGUCACCGAUUAUGUGUGAUUUUCCUUCAGAGGAAUUGCGAAAUGAAGGAAAAAGAUUUCUCUGGGGCGGACCUACCGUUCCCCCUUUUUUCGUUGGAGACAAGCGUCCAAUUGGCCUUCCUGACAUUAGUCGAGGGAUGGAAAUCCAGCAAGGAACGCCCCCCUCUUUUGUUUCUCUCUUCGAUCCAGUCACAAACACUCCUUUUUAUUCAGCCUACAAAGUUUUACCCGGGCAGGCAAAAAACAUUGGCACAAAACCGAGGCCCAAAAAUCCAAAAUGGAUGGAUCCUCCAGGUACAUAAAUGGUUAUUUGACAGACCGAUUGGAGGAUAAUCAAUCAAUAGAGCAAAUACAAAGGCUUAGAGUAUACACUGCGUUACUUCAAAACACACAACGUCACUAAAGAAGUGGGGAAAGCCAUCAUAUUGCUACUUCCUAAUUUUUUUGCGCAAAACAACGUCUGUUUUGCAAAGAAUCUCUAUGGUUUCAAGAGAAAUGAAAGUGCAAUUAGAAGGCUUCAUACUCCCGUAAUUUCAGAAAAGAGAUGAAAAAGUGACAUGAUUUCCUGGAAUGUUCAAAGAUCACUUUCAGUCUGUACCUAAUAAUUUUAUCAUCUUGGGAAGGACAAAAUAUUAUCACUAUCGUCAUCGUAUUCAGAAGAAUAUGAUUUGAUUAUUUCAAUGUAAGAAGUUAUCUGUAUUCAUGGAAGAAUGUGGCCUAUGAUUAUAGGUGUUCCUGGUGUCGAUGAUGCUUAUAAACAAGCCAACCUAGAAGCCAAACGCAGGUUCAGGAAUGAACUUACCAGAGGCCACAUGAAUCCCUCAGGUAUCAAUUCCUUUAACACAAAUUUCAUGAAGGCUACUUUCACCCUUACGAAUGCUGUACCUCAGUUUGAAGCAUCAAACAAUGGACCUUGGAGGGUUUUUGAGGAUAUGAUAAAAGAUUAUGCCAAAAAAACCUGUGGGAGCAAAACCCGGCAAGGAACCCUUUACCUACUGACAGGCAGGUCCGAAAAUGGCCUCAAGUCCGUAACGAAGCCGCAUGUUUCGACCACAUUUACAGUGGGACAAAAUACAGUAACACUUGAAACUCCCCAGGCUGUUUGGACGGCGGGAUGCUGUGUGUGGAAGGAGCCCGGAAAGUUAUUUGGAAAGUUAUGGCAAACUGAAAAGGCCGAGUCCUUUGCAGUGAUGACCAACAAUCAUUACGACGGAAACCAGCUACACCAGACACAAAUGAGUGUAAAUGUCCUGGAGACGCACUUGAGGGCAACAACUUCGACAACGAACGUGAAUUUGUUCCCUGGAAAUACAAAUUGUGCUCGAAACAACAAAAUACUUUAA